CGUAAUAUGAAGGGAGCUCUUCUAAAUUCAUAGUAAGGGAUGGUUGGGAUCCUCUAUGUAGACCCUCAUAUAUCCCAUGAAGCAGUGCGGUACCCAACCAAAAUGGCGGCAAACGGCAUGGAAGAAGACUUUGACGACGGUGAACAGCCAGAAAUUACGACCAUCAGUGACCCCCACCUCCGGAUGGGGAUAUCAGCACGGUGGGGCGCGGGGAACCAGCUGGCCGUGCAUGCCGCGCUCCAUCCACCGCAGGAGGGCGUGACCUCGGGUAUCCGGGAGAGUCCGCGGGUCCACGAGGUCAGGUGGGGCACUCAGGAGGUCAAUAACCCCAUCAUCAGGAAACUCAUCAACGAGACACACGGAACUUUUGUGGCCCUUCAACACCACCAACCAGACACUACAAGUACAACAUCCAACAGGAAACCUCAACUGUCGAACUUCAGUCGGAAGUACCGCUCGGUGAUCAGGGCGUGCCUGAUGCAGUUGAAACAAGCAGAGGAAGCUGCGCGUGAUGAUGUGACAGCUGAGGAAUACGGUCUGCAGGUGGAGAUCUACAGCAUGGUGGAGCUCAUCUGGAGUCUGUGUGAGAUCCUAUUCGUGGAGAGUCUACCAGGUGGCGUUGUGUUAGCCCAGCUGCUAGACUGGGUAAAGUGGCACUUCAAUGAAGCUGAUGGAUACGCCAGGGAGGCAACGACCUCAGACACUCCACAUUUACAUGACAGCUACUGGUCAGCUAUCUACUUAUAUGUUCUUCAGGGCAGAGGUGAUGAAGCAAGAAAGCUUCUGUCUCUGGACCCGACCAGAAGUAUGGAUGUGUAUGAUGAAUAUGCCAGCAUAGACGAGCUCCUCAGAAAAAUGCCAUUCUUCACAUUGUAUACGGGCCAGUCUCUGGCGGAGUUUGAUAUGAAGUGGCGCCACUGGCAGGACGAAUGUCGCCGGCGCUACUCGGAGGGAGAGUUCAACACAAACAAGAACCUGGAGACCAUAUGUAGAAUAUUGUGUGGAGAUGAGGAUGUCUUCUUGGAACUUAAAGACCUGACCGAGACCUGGUACCGGAUGUUAGUCUCCAAACUGCUGUACUGUAACCCCACUGUCAAGGCUUUCGAUCUGCAGUAUCACGUCAAGGCAUGUAUUGAUGCUUACGAUGGCCAUGCCACGCUAGGACCCCUAGAUAACAUCCUACUGGCUGCAAUAGAAUUUGACCUUCACCAAGUGAUCAAGGAGAGCAGUUCUCUCCUGGGAAACUGGUGGUUUGUGGCACACCUUGCAGACCUGCUGUUCCAGUGUGGACAACUGGAGUCACACAGUCUCAAUUACGGGUCCAACCUGAGAGAGUUCCUGUUGUUAGACUAUGCCUCCAGUCUGAUGUCCCACCCCAGUCUGUGGCAGGUGGGGGCCAGCUAUCUCGACUACUGUCCUGAGUUUGGAAGGUACUACCUAGAGUUCUACCUGGAACGUCUACCAUUGCAGACUGAACAGAAGGCACUAAAAGUCCUGAGGGAGUGUGAGAAGAGAGACAUGAAGGACAUAUCUCACAGUAUCUGUAAGGUGAUGGGAGUACGAGCGUUACGGAAUGAGAGACUAGGUUCAGCCUUGUCAUGGGCUCUCCGUUCAAAGGAUGCGUCUUUUGCGACGUUCCUUGCUGACCGUUUCCUGUCGGAGUACAGCAGUAAGGGCGGGUUCUCCAGUCUGGACCUGCUGGAUAACCUGGGCACAGCCAUGGUGCUCAGUGAUAGGCUAACAUUUCUGGGUAAAUACCGCGAGUUCCACCGCCUUCACGAAGAGUGGGAGUUCAAGUCCGCAGCCAACCUCCUCCUGCAGCUCCUGACCAAUAGGAUGGCUCCUAAGAAGUUCUGGUUGACAUUACUGACUGAUGCCCUCCCACUACUGGAGUCUGAGGAAGUCAUCUUCAGCACCCAGCAGACAUAUGAGCUGAUGAACUGUCUGGAGGACAUCAGUCUCUCCUUCAGGUCAUCUGCAUAUCUCCAUGGAGACCAGCCUGGCGACGCCCAGCUCAAGCCCACCAAGGGUCAACAGGAAGUGGAGAAGCAGAAGCUGGACCUGAUCAGACUGGCCCUGGCGAGGAACCUGGCACGUGCCAUUCUGUCUGAGGGGAGCCUGGAGUAGCACACAUUUUGUUGGACCUUUAUUUUCAACUUGUGGACCAAAUAGAAAAAGAUCUGUAUGAGAUGCAAGUAAAAAUGGUACAAGCUUGCUUUAACUACUACCACAUGAAAGACUGUUUCUUGAUAAGCUUGUGUAUCAAAUUUUCUAUAUAUUUGUAUCAAACAUACUCAGCAUACUGGUACCAUGCAUAUAAAAUGUGUAGUUGUGAAUGUCGAUGUUUAAACCAUAGGAUUUGAUACAAAAA